CAAAUUCGAGAUGCUGACGAGAGGCGAAAAAAGUUGGAGCAACAGAAACUGGCGGCGGCAGCGGAGCUUCAGGCCAAACAAGAAGAAAUCAAAACAAUAUCCAGUGAAACAGAAAAGCAGAAAGCGAUGGAAAAUAUCCAGAAUUUAGAGUCCGAAAUACGUGAGCUGGGUAAAAAGUGUGACCUAGAGAGUGUACUUCGAGAAGAACUUAGUUUGGAAAUACAAGCUCUGCAAAGAAGCCAGUCUAAAAUUUCUUGGAACAUUCAGCCUAUACCCCAAGAAACAGAACAAAUACCGGCACAGCUGGAAAGCGGACAAUGUGGUAGCUUAAGUUCCAUCCAAAUGAUGUCUACCAGUCGAUCGGGAACUUCUCCGUUACCAGGCAUUUACCCCAUACAAACAACUGUGCAAGGAGUUGUAGAAAAUACGGUUCUAACAACUACACAUAAAGAACAAUCCUCGGUAACGACGCAAACGCAAACGGCUUAUCAGCCUUCUACAUCAGUUAAGUACAGUAUUGAAGGUCCCAUAAUAUCAGAGAUUGCCUUGCCUCUGGAUAUAGAUGGUUCUGUAUCCAACUCUAGCCAAUCCAAAGUCGAUCCCUCUGCUCCCAUGAAAACAACCAACACAGAAAUUAAUAGACUAUUAGCGCGCAUUGAACAAGACAACCGAAUUUUAGCAGAGCUUGAAAAAUCAAGGGCGACUGUCGUCGUACCUUCGAAUGUGAACACCGAAAGAGAAGAUAUCUGCAGGGAAAGAAAUGUACCUCAGUCAAUUUCUGCAAAACAAUCCGUCACUAGGCAAGAAUUAGAGCAGCUAAUGGCAAAAUUAGAGCAAGAUAAUAGAAUACUAGCGGAACUUGACAAGAAAAGAAAUGUCUUAGAAUCUUACUCCACUUCGUUGGGUUCGAAGUCAUCUUUACACCUGACGAAUAACGGAAUACUUGGUCAUCAUUCCAUUAUGCCAUCCCCCAGUCCAUCUUUAGGAAGCCUAAGAGAUCCUACCGCCUCUGCGUUAGUGCAAGGUCUCACUGCUUCCGCCUCUUCUGCAUCUCUUCAUCAUGCGUUGGUACCUGCUGGACAUGCCUUGAUACCCUCUGCACUUCUUCAAAGAUUUUCCAGCGGCGGUUUAACUGAAGGUACACUUACAGAAGAAGAAAUGUUGGAUUCUAUCGACUUCAUUGAACUCCCUGGAAGGGGACGGUGUAAUAUCUACUGUGCUCGCUAUACUUAUGACCCUCUAAAACAGUCUCCAAAUGAAAAUCCUGAAGCUGAAUUAGCUUUGAAUGCAGGGGAUUAUGUUAUCAUAUAUGGCGAAAUGGAUGAGGAUGGGUUUUUCAACGGAGAACUUUUGGAUGGGAGAAAAGGUUUAGUUCCUUCGAAUUUUGUUGAAAAACUUACAGGGGAAGAGUUAUUUGAAUUCCAUGCUACUGUACUCUACGGAAACAGGGAUUCAGAUGAUAGCAGCGUCAGUUUCAGCUAUGCGCAGGAUAUGGAAAUGACUGUCUCAGAUGAUUAUUUGCUUCCAGAGGAUUUCCAUAGAAUGAAUGAUUAUGUAGAUUUGGAAGACAUUGAGGAAGUUGAUCAGGAUAAUGAUGAUGAGGGGAAUAAAGACAAUGAAGGCUUCACCAAAG